AGACGCCGAAUUUUGGAGUUGGUCUACUUCGUUACAUCAAAAACCCCGAAACGAAACCUAAAGGGUUUUUCCCUCUUCGAGCUCAGUCUUUGCUCUCUAUUCGCCAUUAACGAUGACGAAGUUUAGAAAGCUUGGUCGACCUGCAGCACACCGGAUGUCCAUGCUCAGAACAAUGGUUUCUCAGUUGGUGAAGCACGAACGCAUUGAGACUACUGUUGCUAAGGCUAAAGAAGUUCGGCGGCUUGCUGAUAACAUGGUUCAACUGGGAAAAGAGGGUACCCUUUCUGCUGCAAGGCGUGCUGCUGCUUUUGUAAGAGGCGAUGCUAUCCUUCACAAACUAUUCACAGAACUGGCUUAUCGAUACAAAGAUAGAGCUGGUGGAUAUACAAGAUUUCUGCGCACUCGGAUACGUGUUGGUGAUGCUGCACCAAUGGCUUAUAUUGAAUUUGUUGAUAGAGAAAAUGAGCUCAGACAGUCAAAGCCUCCAAAUCCUCCACCACCUCAGAGGCCUCCAUUGGAUCCAUGGACUAGAUCACGGCUUAGCAAGCAGUUGGCACCACCCAAAGAGAUCAAAUCCGACUCUGAGAUCUAAUACUUCAUGUUUAACAAGAAGGCUCCCCCUCAAGAAGUUCAUCUAGCCACCACCCCGUCCAAUUUGUUUUGCAAACUUCAGAUGUAAACCAAACAAGUAUAGACAAUGCUUAAAGCUUUCCCUCAAACAAGGAGUGUUUUUCAGCUCUCAAAGUUUCCCAUUUCUUGUCCUUAUACUGUUUCAUCUAUACAACAUGACAUCGGACCUUAAACUGAUAAA